UUUUGAAUCCUAUUCUGAGGUUUCAGGUUUCUUGAUUUGCGUAUGAAGCUGUGUGUUGUUUGCUGGAUGCAACAGAUCCGUGCAGUAGGUGCAGCUACUUGGAAAUAUACAGGUAGUCACUCCCACAGAGCAACCUGCUGAACAUUCACCUGUCAUGGGAACGGGAGCGAGUCCGACCGGUUUCCACGAGGCACCGCUGUCUACUCCGUCUCUUGAAGACUUCAAGCUCGUGUUUCGGUCAUGUGAUCACGUGUCAUGCCCAGACCCGCAUGAGUCACUGAGGAUCCCACAACCACACUCACCGUGCUUCAGAAACCCAGUGAAACUGUGACUGGUACCUGGACAACAAUGGCCUCGGGGCUCACCGUGAUGACAUCACACGCCAAAUACGGACACGGUCCACCCCCACAGACACACACACACACACACACACACACACACACACACACACACACAUACACAUAUUCUUCCUGCUCUGACACAUGAAACUACGUCCUUUUUUUUUUUUUACCCAAACAAUGAAACCAGGGACAACUUUCAUUACAUCACAAAAUACUACUAAAUCCCCUCAUCGUGUUUGAUGUUUGGUACGGUGUAACUACAAUGACCUUCAAAUACUGUACGGCUUACAAUACCACAUCUUAGCAUGUACUAUCAACUCUAAAUAUGCACAUAUAUUCACUUGGGAUUUAGCUGUGUUGUAUUUACACCACCAACAUCAUCUUUACUUUAAUAAGUUUAUGAUUUUUUUGGGUAUUGGUUUAAUAUAUAAAAGUCUCUUUAGAUUUGACUCUGUCAGCAGUAUUGCCAGUUUAUCCCUUUUUCACAAAGAAUCCACCACACUAAACAAGUUUCUCUGUUAUCCGACCCAAAAUAUCAAAGAUGGCUAGUUCAACUCAUAGAUAACAGUAUUCAGUUAACUCCAAACAACAAAUACAAGAGAAUGUCCACUUUUAAAUGUCCAGCCAAUCUGCCAGUGACUUCAGACAGAAGAACACGCGACAAGAUUCACCAAAAACAAAGCUCUGUUUUAAAGUGUCUAUUCAUCUGACUUUUGUUUCCCUCCAUUUUGCCAUAACUGCCCUUUGUAGACUGUACCACUGGAUGGCUGAAAUAACAGAAGCGGCCAAAUGAGGAACUGGGAGUCUCCUACGGUCAGAAUACAAACCCACAGUCUGUCUGACUUGCACGGCAUCCGUUUUGGCUUGUGUGUGUGGCUCAUAUUAGCCCAUAUCUGACUUGCACACAUUUAUCUGACACUCUCAUUCAGACAAACAUCAGAUGGGAUCUGUGGCAGAAAUUACAGAGAACAUUCCAUCCAAACAAACAUGGCUGUAGUGUAGAAAAGCUAAAUAGCCGAAUAAAGACACCUGAGCACUUGUUUGAACUGCAGGCUGACGUUUCAUACUGACCCAGCCAGUUUUGACUGAAGGGAUGGAAAAGCUGAGUGAACGGCAAAGCCAGCCGUUCCCCGCUGAACGACCUGCUGACACUUGUCACUCUGGCUCCCUCUGGCAUUUUCCCAUGGCUGCUGGAGUCUUUUCGCCCGCUGCUGCAGACUUUGCACUGCGCAAAGUUGCCUCGAUGGAGGAACUCAAGCGCUUUUUUCAUUAGUUUUCUGGCACCAAACACGUAUCCACGCCCUUAACUUUGCAUAAGCAGCUGCAUUUGGAAUGAGUUUAUUUUACUAUCAGUCUGAUUUGAAAAUACUUUUAAUUCCUCAGCGGAUGCAGUGCUUUAUAGGUGUGCUGAAGUUGCUGCAUGUUGACGAUGUGCGAAUGUUUCAAAGACAUGAGACUAUAAUCUCACCCCGAAACCAUCUCUCCUCAGAUUCCUAAUUGUGGAAAUUCCUCCCUGCCUCCUUGUGUGUGGAACCCAAUCUCCAUAGCCAGGCCCCGAGUAGCUUUGAUGACCCUACCUCGGAUAAAGUAGAGGCAUUAUGGUCCUAACGGCAGUUUUGGCCCUUAAAACACUGCCUCCAUUCAUUUCUGAAACAAUCUGAUUCUCUCUCCACUCUCUACCUCUCUUUGCCCCCUCUCACCGUUCCCUCCGUUUGCAACAGUGUGUCAACAGGAAUCACUUGGCGUAGUGUCUGCCGUUUCCCCCCAAACAUCUGCCUCCUGAUAUCCUCUCACUGGUGGGGCAAAGCUGUCGAUAAAUCAAGUGGGACCCCGGGACUGCAGAGCGCACCGACGUGAGGAGGCUUGCGACCCUUCAGCCUUUAAGGACUGACAUCACUGCAAGACAACAACCUAUAAAUACGAGCUUGCCUCGUCCCACCCGUCUCUCUUCUUGGACCUUUUAAAGAGCGAGGAACAAAGCCAGGCAUAAUGGUUUCUCAGGGGAUUCAGAUCAUCGGCAUAUCGAUGGCCUUGGUCGGCUGGUUCAUGGUCAUCGUGGUGUGCGCCCUGCCCAUGUGGAAGGUCACCGCUUUCAUCGGGGCCAACAUCAUCACGGCGCUGACCAUCUGGCAGGGCAUGUGGAUGAACUGCGUGGUGCAGAGCACGGGCCAGAUGCAGUGCAAGAUGUACGACUCAAUGCUGGUGCUGCCCCGGGACCUGCAGGCCGCCCGCGCCAUGGUCAUCGUCUCCAUCCUGACGGGGGUCGUCGGGGUGAUCUUGUCCAUCGCCGGCGGGAAAUGCACCAACUGCAUCGAGGACGAGCGAUCCAAGUCGAAGGCCUGCAUCCUGGCUGGCGUCUUUUUCAUCGUCUCGGGUCUGCUCUGUCUCAUUCCGGUCUCCUGGUCCGCCAACAGCAUCGUCACCAACUUCUACAACCCGCUGCUGAUCGAUGCCCAGCGGUACGAGCUGGGGGCGGCGCUGUACAUCGGCUGGGCGGCCAGCGCACUGCUGCUCAUUGGAGGCGGGCUGAUGUGUUGGAACUGCCCGCCCAAACAGGAGCACCCCCGCUACACGCCCAAGUUCAUACCCGUGAAGUCGGUCUCCACAUCAAGAGAAUACGUGUAAGAUGGUCAGCGCUUCCUACAUGGACUUUUCGCGGAAAUUACCACCGCCAGAAAUUACUUCAAAAUAAAAACGUAUAUUCACCGGCAAUGUAAAUGUAGCUUGAAAUCCCACGCUUGCCACAGGCUGAAACCUGAGCUUUGAUUGCUGUUAGCAGGUUGUGUCAAAGUGACCUUUCUCACAGCGGACAUUUUGUUUUAGGCAAGCGAGUGUAGCUGACAGCAUAAACAAUCAUCCCGUUCAGUCGUGCUCUUGGUUUACUGUCGCACCUUGAUGGAUGGGAUCAUCAAUGCUAUCUUCUCCUGCUGCAAUGAGAGAAAAUGUUUGCUGUGAAAACAGUCCGUCCAACACCCAAAACAGGAAGUUAGCUUUUGUUCAUGCCUCAGUCUGACAUUUCAAAAUAUUAGAGCCUUUUUAAAGAAAAUGUGAAUCCAUGUUGUGUUGUGGCUGGUUGACGAGUAACUAGGAUUUGAAUCAUGAUCAUAAUGAAUCUGUGUAAACAUUUAGUCAGAUUGUUGUAAGGAUUUCUCAGUGUAAUCAUCUUUAUUGUCAUUCUGAUGGUAACAUCUCAACAAACAAACAAAGGCAGAAAUACUGCAUGCAAGCAUCUGGGGUGUCAGUAAUAUGUAAACAUUUUAGGUGAAGGAGAAUCUGUUAUAUCUAUAUUUUACUAUAUUUCUAUAUUUGUAUCUGUUGUCCUUUGUCAUUUUCACACAGCUUGUGUCUCUGGAUCUUUUAUUGUGUUACUGUAAAUAAACUCUAUACUAAC